AUGUUUAAUAACUUACACAAAGAACAUCAACUCGUUUUAAUUGGAGAUAUAGUCAGUUUGAAGAAACAAGUCAUUCAAAAGGACUUCGAAGAGCUGGAAGGAAACAUUCUCCCUUCCUACAUUAAUAUUUCAACAUAUGUUCAAAAGAAAUACGCGCAGAUAUCCACUGCUAUAAUUAACCAUGCAGAAAAAUGGCACGAUGAAAUUGAAAGGCUUGUCAAUGAACUUAGAGCUGAACUUGAUGAAAUGAAAACGGAACACUUAGAUGCUCUAAGGAAGCAUUCACAUGAAAUCCAAAAAGAAAUCAAAAAUAUUCAAGAUGCAAUACAUACGUGUGAAAACUUGAUCACCUCUAAUGAUGUCUCCCUGGCUUUAAAUUACACAUCAGUCAAUGAGAAAUACAGAAAUCUCCCUUCAACAGUUAAUGCUCCCUUCCCGACUUUUAUACCAAUGGAAAUUGAAACGCACAAAUUAAGAGAGUUGUUUGGAUGUAUAAGCAAAGUUCUCAUCAAUUCAGAUGAUGACGAUGACAGUGACGAUGACAGUAUGACGACAACACUAAAUCCAACAGAAGAAGAUUCGUCUACUUCAGAUAAACAACUGCUAAAUGAACCCGAAACUGUCACUACCUUAGACACGGGGUAUGAGAGCCUUAAUAACGUGGCCUGUCUUAGUGACGAACAAAUCUGGACAACCGGAAAUGAUAGCUCGCUAAAGCUCAUCAGCGUCAGCCAAGGCUCAACACUCAAAUCAGUCAAAAGUAAGUCAGGAAACACGCCAGAAGAUAUAGCUGUGACAAAAGAUGGAGAUCUGGUUUAUACAGACUAUAAAGAUAAAACUGUAAAUAUUGUGACCAGUGAUGAGAUAGAGGAAGUGAUCAGAUUCCAGAAUUGGAAACCUCGCAGUGUUUGCAGCGCCAGCUCUGGAGACCUUCUGGUUAUCUUGGACAGUGAUGAUUACAAACAGUCAAAGGUUGUUGCUUAUUCUGGCUCCACAAAGAAAUACACCAUUCAAUAUGAUGAAACGGGUAAACCGCUGUAA